AUGGAGGUAGCAAAUACAAGCAAGUCCGCAAUGCCAAUGUCCAAAAUCAACACAGAAGAAAGCACGUACGAGAUUGUGAGUGAACUCGCGUCCAGUAACGCGGUGGUGUUGUUCAGUAUCAGCGGCUGCUGCAUGUGCACGGUGGCGAAACGUCUUCUCUUUGGCCUAGGGGUUGGCCCGACUAUUGUGGAGCUGGAUCACCACGCAGCCGGGCAAGACAUUGAGAGUCUUCUUUUUGAGCUGGCGUCAGACGGCCAGCAUAAGCCUGUCCCAGCCGUCUUUGUCGGUGGAAAGUUCCUAGGCGGGAUCGAAACUCUCAUGGCUUGUCACAUCAAUGGAACUUUGGUCCCACUUCUCAAAGACGCUGGUGCGCUUUGGCUUUGA